AAAAAAGAGGACAAAAUGAGGCUCAAGUGUUUUGAUUCUUUUUUUUUUUUUUUCCAUCCCCCUUCAGUCUGGGUUAAGCCUGUAACCUAUUUAAAGCUACAGAUGAAAAUUCAACCAGGGCAUAGUCCAGAAUUGCUGAAGUGCGUUCUCCAGCGUGUGGAAAUACAGUACUAGGAAGCCAUGAUUUUGAACACUGUUUGAAGUAUAGACAAAUAGCAGAGCCAGUGUUCCUGUUCAUGCCAGAUGGUCCGUUAAUGUCUCUAUUUCCAUACAGUUUGGACUUGGGGAAUAAGCAAACUUUAAUUCUGAUAAAUAUGUGUUUUUAAGUUUUGUCCUUACGUUAUUUUCUAUGACCUUUUGUAAUAGGUUGUAUUUCACUGCCCAUUAAGGCACAAGGUAACAAAAGUGAAUAUGUUUAAGUGACACAGCACUGGGUUCCAUGUCAGCUGGAAGUAGAGUGCAAAACGUCAGGGGAGGGAGAUGUCAGUGAAAGAUGGAAUAAGCCAAUUUUGCCAGAGGCUCAUUGUACGGAAAGCAAGUGUUUCAAUCUAUUUCUCCUUCAGGACAUUCAAAUAAAAAGUCAUAAAUCUUUCAAUUUUCAGUUCCAGUCUGUGUUACAGCUCUGCAUUGCUGCAGGAGGACUGACUCAGAAGAUGCUGCUGAAGAGUUCAGUGGGAGUUCUGUUUUUGCUUUUUCAUUUCCCUGUGCCAGUGAUGACCAAAGAGGCAGUGGUCUUGGCUAAUGCCCACCUUCUCCCUCAAAGAGGCUAUGAGGGACUGGCUAACAUCAAUGAAAAAGACUAUCCGAGGGAUUGUUUUGAGAUUUUUCAGCGCUCCAAAGGAAAUUGCAGAGAUGGUCUUUACAUCAUCCAACCAAAGGAAGACCCAAUUGUUGUCUCUUGUAAUAUGCAGGAUGGUGGCUGGACAGUAAUUCAGCACAUUACAGCCAAUAGUACUGUCGACUUUGAUAGGACCUGGCAGGAUUACAAAUAUGGAUUUGGCUCUGUUCCUGACAACCACUGGCUAGGAAAUGAAUAUAUGCAUCAGUUAACAGGAAGCUCUGUGCAAUAUGUACUUGCAGUGAAACUUGUAGACCUAAAUGCUGAAAUCAAAUGGGGACAGUAUGAACCAUUCCUUAUUGAAGAUGAAAAGUCUCAAUACCGAAUCAGGGUUGGCCUAUACAAAGGCAAUGCAACUGAUGCUCUGACCCUAGACACAGAAGCUUACCUCCAUGACAACCAGAAGUUCACCACCAAGGACAGAGACAAUGACAAUUACUUUCAGAAUUGUGCCAAACUAGAACACAAUGGCAUUCCCGGGGGAGGCUGGUGGUAUGACGCAUGUGCUGGCGCGAAUCUAAACCGUAGGAAUGUGAUAUACUGGCAAAAGGACUGCAACAAGAAACAUUUGUGCAAGUUUGCAUGGAUGAUGGUUAAACCCAUUGACCACAGCCUGUCGUACGCAACCAAGUCUUGUCCAUGUCAGAAGGAAGAACUAUAGGUGAGCCAUGUGUCCUUUGAAAGGAACAUGGAUUCUUUGUCAAGUGACUGAAGUGAAAUCACAUUGAUUGAAAAAGUAAUCAUGACUGGAAAAUUAAUUUGGGACUUUGCAAGGCCUUUAUGAUACCAUAUUGUCCAGGAUUGGACCGAAAACAUACAGAUAAUUACCAAGCACAAAAGUAAGAAUAGAGGUGCCUGACUGAAACUGAGGCCUCUAACAAAAGAUUUAAAUGACCCAUUUUAUAGAAUUUUAGCCUUCAGAGGAUUUAGAUAUGAAAUCCAUGAUGUGAUGUCUUGUAGUAGAUAUACACACAUUUCAGAAGGUUUUGGUCCAGUAUGAAUGUUCACUGUUAACUGUAUAUCUUCAUAAAUCAUGCAGGAAGGAAAUUUAAUGGGAAGUACCUACAUUUGCAAAACACAUACCAAAGAGUAUUGUAUACCAUAGCACAGCAUCAGACCUUUCCUUUGUACCUUUAGUGAAAGGUAUUUUAAUAUUCAAAAUUAGAGUUAGCCUUAUCUCCAAUGGCUUCUUUUCCCAUUCAUUAACUUUUCUUUUUAUCUCUACUUUUUAAUGCUCCCAUGCCCAAUGAAGUAUUUAGCACAGUCUUUUCUUCCUUCUUAUUAGAGUGUCUUGAGCUAAUGGACUCAUCGGCUUUCUCAUUAAAAGCUACUAAUCUAAGGCUUACAGCUCCUCUGAAUUUUUCCUCAAGAAACACAGUGAACACUAGGUUGAUUUUGCAUUUUUUUUUUAAAUUAUUAUUAUUUUUCCUCAGUAUUACUGCAUUUUAUUUAUCAUGUUUUGACUGUUGCUUCUUUCUGUUCUGUGAUGGGCUUAAGCUUUCUCUCUUUUUAAUGCCACUAUGAGAUAAGAACAGAGUGUUGGCUUUACUUCACAUUUGCUAGCUUCAGUUAUUUUGGCAGUCAACCUUGAUGUUAUUCAAACACUGCCUUUUGUCUGAUCUGAACACAAAGAGAGAGACUUUAAAUUUCAUGAUGAAUUAAUCUGUUAAAAAAUCAUAAGUAUAAGGAUUUCAGUUUUGGUAACCUUGAAGAUCAUGUACAGACAUUGGAGUUAUUUCACGCAUUUCUGUAUCAUUGAAGUAGUUGAAUAACAUCUGAAGAGGUUUCAUUGUUGCAUUACACAAAAUGUCAGGAGUGUAUUUACAAUGUCUUGUUUGUUAUCUUAGACAUUUCAUUUACAGAAACUCAGGCAAACUGCUUUUUAAUUUAAAAGUGGAAUCUUUUAAUUUCAAUUAAAAUAAUUUACAGAAAAUAAAUUGUAUUGUGUUUUGAGAAGACCAAAGCUGGCAGGAUUACUUAGGAAGAGAAAUUAAUUGGGAAAUGGAAAAGUCAUGAAAGAAAUUUUUAUUUUUUACAGUGCACUGCAACAUUUUCAGAAAGAAAUGCAAAUAGAUUAUGUGAGUGAGGCCAGUAUAUUAUACAUGUGUUUAUUGCAGGAGCUGAUUUUUACCCCUCAAACUUUGUUCAAAAA